GAGGCGCGGGCGGCGGCGGCGAGGAGCGCCGGGUACCGGGCCGGGGCAGCCGCGGGCUCGCGGAAGGCGCGGAUGAUGAACAAGCUCUACAUCGGGAACCUGAGCCCCGCCGUCACCGCCGACGACCUCCGGCAGCUCUUCGGGGACAGGAAGCUGCCCCUGGCGGGACAGGUCCUGCUUAAGUCUGGCUACGCCUUCGUGGACUACCCCGACCAGAACUGGGCCAUCCGCGCCAUCGAGACCCUCUCGGGUAAAGUGGAAUUGCAUGGGAAAAUCAUGGAAGUUGAUUAUUCAGUCUCUAAAAAGCUAAGGAGCAGGAAAAUUCAGAUUCGAAACAUCCCUCCGCACCUACAGUGGGAGGUACUGGAUGGACUUCUGGCUCAGUACGGGACAGUGGAGAAUGUGGAGCAAGUCAACACAGACACAGAAGCUGCCGUCGUCAAUGUCACGUAUGCAACAAGAGAAGAGGCAAAGAUAGCCAUGGAGAAGCUAAGUGGGCAUCAGUUUGAGAACUACUCCUUCAAGAUUUCCUACAUCCCAGAUGAAGAGGUGAGCUCCCCUUCGCCCCCUCAGGGAGCCCAGCGUGGGGACCACUCUUCCCGGGAGCAAGGCCACGGCCCUGGGGGCUCUUCUCAGGCCAGACAGAUUGAUUUCCCGCUGCGGAUCCUGGUCCCCACCCAGUUUGUUGGUGCCAUCAUCGGAAAGGAGGGCUUGACCAUAAAGAACAUCACUAAGCAGACCCAGUCCCGGGUAGACAUCCACAGAAAGGAGAACUCUGGGGCUGCAGAGAAGCCUGUCACCAUCCAUGCCACCCCAGAGGGGACGUCUGAAGCCUGCCGAAUGAUCCUUGAAAUCAUGCAGAAAGAGGCCGACGAGACCAAACUAGCUGAAGAGAUCCCUCUGAAAAUCUUGGCCCACAAUGGCUUGGUUGGAAGACUGAUUGGCAAAGAAGGCAGAAAUUUGAAGAAAAUCGAACAUGAGACGGGCACCAAGAUCACAGUCUCCUCCUUACAGGACUUGAGCAUCUACAACCCCGAGCGAACCAUCACGGUGAAGGGCACGGUGGAGGCCUGCGCCUGCGCCGAGGCCGAGAUCAUGAGGAAGCUGCGCGAGGCCUUCGAGCACGACAUGCUGGCUGUCCACCAACAAGCCAAUCUGAUACCAGGGCUGAACCUCAGUGCACUUGGCAUCUUUUCAACAGGACUGUCGGUGCUGCCUCCUCCAGCGGGGCCCCGAGGGGCUCCCCCCUCCGCCCCCUACCAUCCCUUCACUACCCACUCCGGAUACUUCUCCAGCCUGUACCCCCACCACCAGUUCGGGCCGUUCCCGCAUCAUCACUCUUACCCGGAACAGGAGAUUGUGAAUCUCUUCAUCCCGACCCAGGCCGUGGGCGCCAUCAUCGGGAAGAAAGGGGCGCACAUCAAACAGCUGGCACGGUUUGCGGGGGCCUCCAUCAAGAUUGCCCCAGCUGAAAGCCCAGACGUCAGUGAGCGGAUGGUCAUCAUCACUGGGCCACCUGAAGCCCAGUUCAAGGCCCAGGGACGGAUCUUCGGGAAGCUGAAAGAAGAAAACUUUUUUAACCCCAAAGAAGAAGUAAAGCUGGAAGCCCACAUCAGAGUGCCCUCUUCGACUGCUGGCCGGGUGAUUGGCAAAGGCGGCAAAACCGUGAAUGAACUGCAGAACCUGACCAGCGCCGAAGUCAUUGUGCCUCGUGACCAAACGCCUGACGAGAAUGAGGAAGUGAUUGUCAGAAUUAUCGGGCAUUUCUUUGCUAGCCAGACUGCACAGCGCAAGAUCAGGGAAAUCGUUCAGCAGGUGAAGCAGCAGGAGCAGAAGUACCCUCAGGGAGUCACCUCGCAGCCGCGCAGCAAGUGAGGCCGCCCAGGCACCAGCGGACAACGGAUGAAUGUAGCCCUCCCAACACCUGACCAUCGACCAAACAGCCAGCAGACCGGGAGCAAACCAAAGACCAUCCUGCGGAACACGGAGGAGGCUGCCGAGGCGCGGCGCG